GGUGCAGCUCGGACUCAGCGCCGCGCAGCGUCUCCAUUACUGCAAUGAUUUACGACUGAGCGUUUCAUUAUUAAAAGAAAGAAAAAAAAAGGAAAAAGAGAAAGGGGGAGAUGCUGCCUUGCUCAGAGCCCAGAGGCGGGCUGAGCUCCAGACUGCGACCCGCCGCACAUGCUGCCAGUCGCUGGGAACGCUGAGCAGGAGCGCAGCGCACCGGGAGCGCACGGGAACUCAUAGAACACACUCCUAUUAUUAUUAUUAUUAUUAUUCUUUAUUAUGAUGUAUGCUUUUUCUAUCCGGGGAGAUACGCAUUAGUGACUCACCUCGUCUCUGCCUUUGGAGCGCUUCUUUUUUUUCUUUUAUGAGCAUGACGAAUGCUGUCCAUAUGACUGAUCUGACUUGAGGCUGCAGGAGAGGAAGCGACAUGGAGACGUUUACAAUACACGACAUGCUCAUAAAUUCUACCGACUUCAACAAGAUUUUAUGCAGUUUUGGGAUCAAGAAUAUUUCCGAGUGCGAGAGUGAGAAGGAGCCUUCAUUUGAACCUAAAGACAUCAACCAGACGGUGCGGAUCGUCCUCUACAGCCUCAUCUUCCUCCUCAGCGUGGUGGGGAACAGCCUCAUCAUCGGCGUGCUGGUGAGGAACAAGCGCAUGAGGACGGUCACCAACCUGUUCCUGCUGUCUCUGGCCGCCAGCGACCUGCUGGUCUCCCUGGUCUGCAUCCCCUUCACCCUCAUCCCCAACCUCAUGAGGGACUUCAUCUUCGGCACCGGCAUCUGCAAGCUGGUCAUGUACUUCAUGGGCAUCUCUGUGAGUGUUUCAACUUUCAACCUGGUGGCCAUCUCCCUGGAGCGCUACAGCGCCAUCUGCAACCCGCUGACCUCCAGGUCGUGGCAGACCAAGUCCCACGCCGCCAAGGUGAUCACGGCCACGUGGGUGGCGUCCUUCAUCCUGAUGCUGCCCUACCCCAUCUCCAGCACGCUCAAGUCCUUCACCCGCCCCAACAACAGCACAGGACACAUGUGCCGCCUGGUGUGGCCCAACGACGUCAUCCAGCAGUCCUGGUACGUGUCCCUGCUGCUGCUGCUCUUCCUCAUCCCCGGCAUCGUCAUGAUGUCAGCGUACGGACUCAUCUGCCUGGAGCUUUACCGCGGCAUCACCUUCGAGCUGUCCAGCAGGAAGUCCAGCCGAGAGAGACAGUCGAGCACCGGCAGCGUGAAGCCCGGCGACAGUGACGGCUGCUACCUGCAGCCGUCCAAGAAGAAGAGCGUGACGCUGACCCCGGGCGCCUCCAGCAGGAGGUCCACGGUGGGCCGGGUGUGCGGGAGCAGCUCCACCGCCAACCUGAUGGCCAAGAAGCGCGUCAUCCGCAUGCUGCUGGUCAUCGUCUUCCUCUUCUUCCUCUGCUGGACGCCCAUCUUCGUGGUGAACGCGUGGCAGGCCUUCGACCAGCGCUCGGCCCACCGCCUCACCGGGGCGCCCAUCUCCUUCAUCCACCUGCUGUCCUACACCUCGGCCUGCGUCAACCCCAUCAUCUACUGCUUCAUGAACAAGCGCUUCAGGCAGGGCAUGCUGGCCACCUUCACCUGCUGCAGCUGCCUGAGGAGGAGCGGCCGAGGAGGAGGAGGAGGAGGAGGAGGUGCAGGAGGCUCGGGGAGGUCACCUGGAAACGGCUCGGCCAAGGGGGAGGUGGGCAGAUUAAGAUCGGGGCCGAAGACCGCCGAGCAGAACGGUCACACCCCGCCGAGCGGAGCCAGCACACGCUUCACCUACACCGGCGUCCCACCGUCCGCCUGGAGCGACAUCACUUAG